GUUAAGAUUCUUUGUUUAGGGUGUAUAAAUGACAACUCAUUCCUACUUCAUUCUGUAAAUAAAGUUAAACUAAAAUAAUUGGUGAUCAUUUUCUUAAUAUGAAAUCAGCAUUAUUUUAUCAAUCACUGAUCGAUGUUCCCGAUCCAGAUGGUUUAGAAGAGAAAUACGAUCGAGCGUUUCGGACCUGUGAAGAAAUUAUCUACGGCACAAAUGAAUCAGACCUGCAAGGGCUUAUGUCCAGCACUGUUGGAAAUGAAAAACAACAAGAAGAUAUAAUGCUUGCUUUGAUCUAUACGAUCCUGACGGACGCUGAAAAGGCCAAUAAAGCUUACUCGGAUCUUAUUAUUCUUGAUGGAUCUUCUUUUGCAACUAAUAAUUUGGCAAUUUUAGUAGCAGAAAAGUACCCAAAAUUCAAUGAAAUCCCAAGAAGACAGCUUCUUUGGUUUCUAAACGAAUUGAUCAAGAAUCAAGUGAACGUUCAAGAAACAAGCAACAUUGUGUGGAACAUUUUACGACAAGCCAGUGGAGGAGAUAUCAGCCAGAAAAAUAUAGCUCUUGUUGAGGGGUUACUUGAUAUAUUAGUUGAGCAUCGCUCAUGGCUUGAAAAGGAUCCUUUUUUGGUAGGAACUGUUGUUUACACAUACACAAGAUUACUUGAAGACCAUCAUGGGCCUCAAUUUUCGAACCUGCAGAAAAAAGAAGUAUCUUUCGUGAUAUCUCUUAUCAGAGAUCGGUUUGGAGACGUAAUGCAGCUUGGUCGAGAGUUUGUUAGGCUACUUCAAAACAUUUCUCGUAUUCCUGAAUUUGAAGCAUUAUGGAAAGACAUUUUGCAUAAUCCAAAAAGCCUGUGCCCCACAUUCAAUGGUGUUCUACAGUUAAUGCAAACAAAAACGAGUCGUCGAUUUUUAAGAUCCCGCCUGACCCCAGACGUUGAAAGAAAGUUGCAUUUUUUGAUCAGUAAUGUCAAGUUUGGCAACCAAAAAAGGUAUCAAGAUUGGUUCCAGGAGAAAUAUUUUACCACUCCCGAGUCUCAAAGCCUUAGAUCGGAUCUAAUAAGGUUUAUCAUUGUUUCCAUUCAUCCUACAAAUGAUAUGCUUUGUUCAGACAUAAUUCCCCGUUGGGCUGUAAUUGGAUGGUUACUUACGUCCUGUACCAACGCGGUUGCCCAAGCAAAUGCUAAACUUUCAUUGUUUUACGACUGGCUGUUUUUUCAACCGCUUAAAGACAACAUCAUGAAUAUUGAGCCGGGUAUUUUGGUCAUGUACCACUCAAUUAAAAAUCAUCCCUUGGUGAGCUGCACAUUACUAGAUUUUCUAUGCAGAAUCAUGAAAAACUUUUACCCAAAAGAAGAAGAAAAAGUGCGUGCUGGAAUAUUCAACUCGCUUCAUAUUAUUUUAGAAAAACAGGUUAUACCUAAUCUUAUGCCACUUUUGGAGUCGGCAAAACUCGAUCGGGAAUUAAAGUCUAUGUUAAGGGAAAAUUUUCGUGAGUUCUUUUCAUCGUCUGACACAGGUUACAGCGAACCCAGUUGGGAUAAUAAACUCAACAUUAGUUACAAUGCAGCUACAACAGACGAUUUAAGGUUCAGUGACGAAGAGGAAGAUUCCGCUAUAAUGAGUAUGAAGGAUGAACAUUCUGAUGAUGAUGACCUUCCAUUAUCUAAGGUGAUAAAAAUGGAAAAGCCAAUCGUUCAAACAAUUCCUGAAGAUAUAGUACAGAGCUUAAACAGCUUUGUUACGACGAAAACGCUGGAUAACAUUGAAUUGCUGCUGGAAUUACUAAAUGAAUCAAGUUCUCUAAGCUUGGAACAAGAAGCGUACGUUCAUGAGAAAAUAGUAUCAACUUUGAAGCAAUCCUUGAUAAAUUACACUAUUUUUCCUGUCUCGAAGUCGGACGAAAGUCUAUCUGACAGUAUCAAUAAUCCAAUUUUCGGGAUAUUUAAAUUAUUGUACAAAGAGGAAAAUGGCAAAAGCAAUAUAAUCAAUUUAGUGUCGUACAUCCAAAAGCACAUACCAUGCACAGGAUAUUUAUUGUUGCAUUACCUGAAAGUGUAUGCUAAACUGCAAUCGAGGAGAAAGGAAACUUUACAAGGAAUAUUCAAAAGCAGCGUUUAUACACAUUUCUGUAAUGUCAUAGAGUCUAAACUGGAGCAUCAAUUGAAGUUUGAUUUGGAUCUGUUGGAGAAAAAUGACUCCCAUAUUUUUUUUUGGAUCUUGCCCGAUUUGUUCAAGGAAUACAAACAAAUUAUGCUGAACAACGGUGAUUUACUGUCUAUUUUAAUCGGAGCAAUAGAUGCGAACAAUUUGCGUGACAUAAUAUUCAGUGUGACUCAAGGAAAACUCGUAAUUUUUAGAAGCGAUGGCAUACUGCAGAUUAUUCGUGACAGCUUAGAGUUUGAGACAUUUGAGCAAUUUUGUUUUUGGCAACUACUGCAAGCUCACGACAUACCUUUGGAAUCUUUUCAGGAUAUUUUGCCAGAGCUUGAUGCGUCCAGGCACGCGGAAGCCCUUACUUACAUUUUGUUGUUAUUGAGAAACGAAAAACCUUCUACUGAUUUGGUAAAGUGUUUGCUGAGCCGAGAUUCCAGGAACAAAGCCGAUGCUUUUGUUAUAUCGGUGCUACGUUGCUGGUGUGAGGAAUAUGAAGGCAAGCUGUCUGAAAUCAUUGCUAAUCUUCUUAUGUCAAAAUAUCCACAAAAUUCGCCUAACAAGAGAAAACGUCCAUUGAAGUCAUCGCCGUCUCAGAAUUGUUCUCCAUCUUCCGAACAGAUUUUACAUCAUUUGGAGCACUUCCGGAGAAGCUGCAGGCAUGGAAAUGGUACAGGCACUGGUUUAUACGUUCAAAACGAAAUGCAAAGGUCUCUGCAACAAGCUUUUGCUCACAGCACGGAUAGCCAAAAGAAAUACUUCACGGAUCUGUUUGCUCUAGCUGCAGAGGAUGAAACAUCUUCCACUGUUGGGCGAAGAAGCACAAGUAGUCGUGGGCGGAAACCACCUGCAACUAAAAAAGAACUGUCUGCAUCGAACAACAGUAAAAAAAGCGUUGAAAACACCCUUGCCAGCGACGACUCAACUGAUGAGGACUGGUCGAAGCAAAAAACGGGUAAAAGACGCAAGAAAGCAAUCAGUGACUCUGAAUAAUGUGAAAAAGUUUGGCUGCAACGAUAUUGAAUAAAAUUAAUGCUUCGUAAUAAAUGAUAUAGUUAUUUUAUA